CCGAGGCGGCUUCAUUCUAAAAAAAGGGAGCCGGGAGGACCGCGAGCCACCUUUGAAUUCACACCAAAUCACCAUUGGGCUAUAAUGCUGCGCGUGAGGUGUCUGCGAGGAGGCAGCAGAGGGGCAGAGGCGGCCCAUCUGAUCGGAGCCGUGGUGGGCCGUGCAGCAACCGGUUGGGUGCAGCGGGCCUUCCAGAGCACCUCCAGCGCGGCAGCUGCUCAAACACAGCCGACGGUUGAAGACGACCAUGUCACCGACCCCGCUCAGCAGGAGUGUCCUGUUAGCAGUUACAACGAAUGGGACCCUCUGGAGGAGGUCAUCGUGGGCCGUGCCGAAAAUGCCCGUGUGCCUCCCUUCACUGUGGAAGUGAAAGCGAACACGUACGAUAAGUACUGGUCCUUCUACCAGAAGUACGGGGGCCAACCUUUUCCUGCGGACCACUUGAAAAAAGCUGUUUCUGAGAUUGACGAAAUGUGCAAUAUUCUGCGUCACGAGGGUGUGAACGUGAGGAGGCCGGAGCGUGUCGACUGGUCCUUGGAAUACAAAACUCCUGACUUCCAAUCAUCAGGCAUGUAUGCCGCCAUGCCCCGAGAUAUCCUGAUGGUGGUGGGAAACGAGAUCAUCGAGGCUCCGAUGGCAUGGAGGGCUCGCUUCUUCGAGUACCGAGCGUACCGACCCUUGAUCAAGGAGUAUUUCAGAAAAGGUGCUAAAUGGACCACCGCUCCCAAGCCCACGAUGGCCGAUGAGCUGUACGAUCAGGACUACCCCAUCCGCACGGUGGAAGACAGACACAAGCUGGCCGCUCAGGGCAAAUUCGUGACCACGGAGCACGAGCCCUGCUUCGACGCCGCCGAUUUCAUCCGUGCCGGCAAGGACCUUUUUGUCCAGAGAAGUCAGUGGAGCGUGUGUCUCCUGCAGGUUACCAACUACAUGGGAAUCAAGUGGAUGCGCCGUCACCUGGCCCCAGACUACAAUAUCCACAUCAUCUCAUUCAAAGACCCGAACCCCAUGCACAUUGACGCCACCUUCAACAUCAUCGGACCGGGCCUUGUGCUGUCCAACCCCGAUCGGCCGUGUCGCCAGAUUGACAUGUUCAAGAAAGCAGGCUGGACUGUCGUGAAACCUCCAACACCUCUGAUUCCCGAUGAUCACCCACUCUGGAUGUCCUCCAAAUGGUUGUCCAUGAAUGUUUUGAUGCUGGAUGAGAAGCGUGUCAUGGUUGACGCCAAUGAAUCCACCAUUCAUAAAAUGUUUGAGGACCUCGGUAUAAAGACCAUAAAGGUGAACAUUCGCCACGCCAACUCGCUGGGUGGCGGCUUCCACUGCUGGACGACCGACGUCCGCCGGCGUGGCGCGCUGCAGUCCUACUUCCACUAGACAUGCCAGCAAUGAGCCCAAAUGUUUUUUAUGGAGCUUUAAAAGAUUAGAGAAUUCAACUGCGGAUUUUCAAUCUACUAUUACCUAGUGCGUCUCUAACUAAGUUUAACACGCCAAUUAACAAGGGGGCUGUGCAGCAUUUAUUGGGAAGUCAAACUAAUGAACAUGAUGUUCUUUAAACGUGCAUUAACAAAUCCACAAAUCCAUUGAUUAGUGCUGUCAGUUGGCAUCAAGUCCUUUCCCGGAUUGGGUAUUUAUGUCCCGAAUGAAUAUAAAUGUGUUGUUUGGAUUUGACAUCGCUCUGCAUUACAGUGCCUUUGCUUUGUUUUGAUAUACAGUGAACCGCCGCUUAUUUGCAGUUCAACAUUCGCUAAUUGGGGGAAACGACAAAAACAACAAAAAGUCUCGUCUGCGUACAUUAUGGACUUGGCUCCAUCUUAGGGCCAAGGAACUAGUUUUCUGCCAUCUUUUGGCAACUACAAACUCCUUUUCGGUGGGCGUCAAAUACUCGCAAAUACCGGGGCUUUACCGGAUACUAAUCGGCCGUUUUAUUAGUUCCACUCUGUGACAUUAUGCAACGGCUCUGCUAUACAUUGUGCCUAUACAUGAAUUAUUAUUAUUAUUAUUAUUAUUUUUUUUUUUUUUAAGUUUCCGGUGUUGUCAGAAAGAUAUUAAUUUGAAAUGUUAAUUAUGGGGGACGUUUUGUGUGGCCUCGAUAAAAGGCAUUGCGACAUCAGAAAUCACAGGAAAGUUGUUGCCUUGCGCUGUACAAGCGUACGGAAUAAAUUGUCCACGUGCGCAAUAGAGCCGUCACUCUCCAUCAUCAUAGAUCUCAAUAAUAACUGCAUUUCUGGCCUGGCUAUUGUAUUUGGCUUCGACAUCUUCAAGUCAACGUGCGGACAAGGAACAGUUUGUUCAGAGAACACAGAAACAACACUUCUGUCAUUUUCCAAAGGUGUUUUUUUUUUUUUUUAUAUUGCAAGAAAUGUAUUAAAGUUGUUAUGUAGGUCAUGAAACAUGAUGAAUUUCUUUUCAUUGGAACGUGAUUUUGUCAAGAUUUUAAUUGAUGAGACAACGUUAUUUUUCUCUUUAUUGGAUUUCCCACCGAUUCCUGUUUUUAUAUCUUUACAGUCCAUGUCAGAUAUUGUAUACCUUUGACCUCUGCUGUUCUCUCGUCGCAAAACUGGGCCAGUUACGUGCUGCAAGUCAUUCUCACUGAACCGCUCGGCUGUUUUUGUUUGCGCAGCAGAAAUGCCUUCAGGAUGAAGAAAGAAAUGUGUUUGUUUGGUAAUUCCUCCUUUGUUGCGUUCACAGUAGGAUACAGUAAGGGUGUUUCGUAUGCGCCUGCGUGUUUACCUCCUGAUGUCCGCUGCGACUGGAGGGCAGCGAUGAGGAAAGCAAGUGCUGUUUUGUAUUGUGAAACGUCUUCAUAAAUGGAAUUCAAAGGA